CAGUAGUCGUAUAUACACGGGCCAUAGCCACUCCGACGGACAGAUCCAGGACCCCCUUAGAACCAUUCGCAACAAUCGCACCAAAAUCCAUCUCCACACACACACCACCGUCACCCGUCACCUCAAGUCCCACGUUCGCAAUGUCAGAUAAGGGAGCCGAAACCGUCAAGAUCUCCGUCUCGGCAUGGAUGAACCGCCUCACCAGCUACCUCCGGCGAUUACCGCUGCUCACACGCGCGGUCCUCGUCGCCGUGCCCACCGUGCACUUCCUGUGCGUGUGCGGGGUGCCGCUCGCGGGCCUGUGGAGACUCGAUCCUGCUGUUAUGGAUCUCACACAGAUGCACAGACUCAACACCUACCCGCUCAUCCACGUCGGCUGGAUCCACGCGCUGCUGAACGUCAUCACGGUCACGCCGCUGCUGGAGCGGUUCGAGCGCGAGGUCGGCACGCUCAAGACCACGCUGCUGAUCGCGGGCCCGCUGGUCACGUUCCCUGCCGGUCUGUAUCUCGGCAUUGAGAUGUUUGUGUUCCGGGGGAGCGAGGCGGUUAUGGGCGCGAGUGCGCUGGUGUUUACCUUCCUCGCCAUCGAGAGCGUCAAGACCAGCGGCUUCCAGCCGAACUAUACCGUCGUCGGCUGGGAGAUCCCAACCUGGACCACGCCGAUCAUCUGGAUGGUGCUUGCUAGCUUCCUGUGGCCGGGCUCGAACGUACUCGGCCACUUUUGCGGUCUCAUCAUCGGCUAUGCUUUUGCCUGCCGCUACCUCCGCCUCCUGGAGCCCAGCGAGUGGAUCCUCAAGAAAGUCGAGGAGAAGCUCGGAUUCCUGCUGUUCCGUCUGCCGUGGUACGUCAACCUCGAGAGGCGCAGCGAAUUGAACUAUAUGGAGAUGUUGCCUGCGGUGGGUGGUGGGCCCAGGACCGGUGAGGCGUCGAGCUCUGGCUCGAACGCUGGGUUCAAUGCGCCUGGUAGGCCGCUUGGGUCUGCGUAGGCUUAUUGAGGGGGAGGGGAAAAGAGGAUGAAUGCUUUCGAGUAAAUAACUUUUUUUUCAUGUCGGUUUAAAUGGGAAUUAGUGGUGGUGGUAGUGGCUGCUCGAUAGACGGUAGGGAUGGGAGUGCGGUGAACGCAUUGGAUACUUCUUAUGAUGAUGUAUGACUGGCUUGUGGGUUACCUUGGUUUUGUUUUGCGCGGUGGGAAUGGAGAUGUAUCAAAUAAUAAUAAUGUAUCUAAUGCGGAGGAAUGAUGUUCCUGGGGGGUAUCCUAUCUAAUGCAAUCGCUCAAACACACGGCCUCACCACACACCCC